AUGUUUGCCAAAGCAACAAGGAAUUUUCUUAGAGAAGUUGAUGCUAACAGUAAUCUGAUUUCGGUAUCAAAUUUGAAUGACUCUGAUAAGUUACACCUUCUAAGUCUGGUGACCAAAAGGAAUAGAUUCUGGUGCUGGCAGAGACCCAAGUACCAGUUUUUAUCCAUCAACCUUGGAGAUGUACUCACAGAAGACCAAUUUCUGAGUCCAGUGGUCGUGGAGUCGGACUUUGUGAAAUAUGAAGGCAAGUUUGCAAACCAUGUGAGCGGGACCCUGGAGACAGUGCUGGCAAAGGUCAAGCUCAGUGCUGGCGGCAAAAGCCUGGUGGAGAGUCAGUCUUCAUUCGGAACCCUGAGGAAGCAGGAGGUGGACUUGCAGCAGCUCAUUGCAGACUCCGCCGAGAGAACAAUAAACCUGAAAAACCUGGUGCUUCAGCAGGUGCUGGAGAGGAGGAGUGAGGUCCUGUGCAUCCUGACACAGAAGAUCGUGACAACGCAGAAGUGUGUGAUAUCCGAGCACGUGCAGGUGGAGGAGAGGUGCGGGGGCAUGCUGGGCAUCCAGACCAAGACGGUGCAGGUGUCAGCGACAGAGGAUGGGAAUGUCACCAAGGACUCCAAUGUGGUGCUGGAGAUCCCAGCUGCCACCACCAUUGCCUACGGCGUAAUCGAGUUAUAUGUGAAACUGGAUGGCCAGUUUGAAUUCUGUCUCCUGCAAGGGAAGCAUGGUGGCUUUGAGCACAAGAAGAGAAUUGACUCUGUCUACCUGGACCUUCUGGCCUUUCGAGAGUUUAUGUUCAUGGACAUGCCAGAUGCUGGGCAUGGGACAUCUUGCCAAGAUGGGCCGUUAAGUGUUUUAAAACAAGUGACUCUGCCCUUGGAGAGGAAUUUCCAUCCUUUCGCGGAGCUGCCAGAGCAGCAGCAGACGGCUCUGAGCACCAUCCUGCAGGCAGUCCUGUUUGAUGAUGAGUUACUCGUGGUCCUGGAGCAAGUGUGUGACGACGUGGUCAAUGGCCUCUCGCCCCCACUGGUGGUGUUGGGGGAACUGAAGCCCCCACAGCAGCAGGACCUCACGGCCUUCCUGCAGCUGGUGGGGUGCAGUGUGUGGGGUAGGGGUCCCAGUCCCCAGGAUGCGGUCAGCGACCAGAAGCUCUUUGCAGCCGCCUAUUUCUUGGUCAGUGCACUAGCAGAAAUGCCAGAUAAUGCAGCUGCUCUGCUAGGCACUUGCUGUAAACUCCAGAUUAUUCCUACGCUGUGCCGCUUGCUCCACGUUCUGUCUGAUGAAGGAGUAGCUGAUCUUGAAGACCCAACCCUGGCUCCUCUGAAAGACACAGAAAAGUUUGGAAUUGUGCAGUGCUUGUUCGCCUCUGCUGACAUUAGCCUGGAGAGAGUGCAGUCAUCCGUGAGAGCUGUCAUCCUCAAGGACCCUAAUGUCUUCCCACUCAUUCUUUAUAUAACCCUGAAUGGACUCUAUGCUUUAGGCAGAGAACAUUAGUAAUG